CCUUCCCUCUCCUCGCCCCGAGCGAGUGAAGCUGCGAGGCUGGGCGGGCCCAGCUCGGCCGCUGCUCAGGGCGGUGUUUCGAGAGCGGCGUCCGCGAUCGCGGUUUGUCGCCGCUCCAGGGUUCAGGAGCUUAUUUAAGCCGGCCACGCGCACACACACACGAGCACAGGCGCGCGCGCGCGACGCAGGCAGCUGCUGAGCAUCCUUAGUAGCAGCAGCAGCAUCGGGCAGCCAGGGAUCCGGUGGGGGAGCAGCAGCAGCAGCAGCCCGAGCCAGACAAAGCAAAGAUGGCAGGGAUCCUGGCUUGGUUCUGGAACGAGAGGUUCUGGCUGCCGCACAAUGUCACCUGGGCGGAUCUGAAGAGCACCGAGGAAGCCACCUUCCCUCAAGUGGAGGACCUCUACCUGGCCUUCCCGCUGGCCUUCUGCAUCUUCAUGAUCCGCAUGGUUUUCGAAAGGUUUAUAGCCAAGCCAUGUGCCUUAGGCCUAAAAGUCCAGGCCAAUGGACCACGGAAAGCUCAGCCUAAUGCUAUUCUUGAAAAAGUCUUCACUGCAAUUACAAAGCAUCCAGACGAGAAGAGGCUUGAAGGGCUUUCCAAGCAACUGGAUUGGGACGUUCGCAGUAUUCAGCGCUGGUUUCGACAGAGACGCAAUCAGGAAAAGCCGAGCACUCUGAGAAGGUUCUGCGAAAGCUUGUGGAGAUUUACAUUUUACCUUUAUAUAUUCACCUAUGGAGCCAGACUCUUGAAAAAGAGUCCCUGGGUGUGGAACACUCGGCUAUGCUGGACUGGAUACCCAUAUCAGCCGCUGAUGCCUGAAAUGCAUUACUACUACAUACUUCAGCUGUCGUACUAUUGGUCCUUAAUGUUUUCUCAGUUCAUUGACAUCAAAAGAAAGGACUUUACCAUCAUGUUUACCCAUCACAUCAUAGCAGUCAUUUUGAUAACCCUCUCCUACACAGUCAAUUUCAUCCGAGUGGGAGUCCUAACUAUGUGUCUUCAUGAUGUGGUAGACAGCGUGCUGGAGGCAGCCAAAAUGGCAAACUACUGCAAAUGUCAAAAGUUGUGUGAUUUCCUCUUCCUCUCGUUUGCUGUCAUUUUCAUGAUUACAAGGCUUGGAUUGUAUCCUUUAUGGGUAUUGAACACAACAAUAUUUGAACUGCCCGAAGCAGUUGGUGGCUUUCCUUCCUUGACGAUCUUUAUCAUUUUACUUCUGGUACUUCAAGUUCUCCACUGUUUUUGGUCUUAUCUAAUAGUAAAGGCAGCCUAUAAAGCAAUUUUAAAAGGCAAGGCUGGGAAGUGGAACCCUUUGCAUGCGAAGGAUGACCGAAGUGACAUUGAGUCUAGUUCAGAUGAAGAGCCCACCACAGCUCCUCAUUCAAAGACCUCCCACAGCUCAGCCACCACCAAUGGGACGAGCGGAACAAACGGAACAAACGGGUAUCUCACUGGGGGCAACUCUGCAGAGGAACACUAAUCCCUGGAUUAAACACGGAUACACGAACAAGACAAACUGUUUGCUACUGGAAGUCAAUCGGUUGUGAAUGCUGGGUUUUGUUUUUUGUUUCGUUUUGUCUUUUCUUCCUUCCCUUAUUCUUUUUGUUUCUCAACAUCAGAGAAAAACAAAACACAUGGAGUAUUUAAAGCUUCUGAUAGCGUACUGCUGUGUUUCCUGUUUGUGAAUGACAGCGCCACACCAUGUUCUUUAUGUAGGCAUGCUGUAUGUAUAUAGAUAUAUAUACAUGACCAGAUGGGAGCAGUACUUUCUUCUGUAGGCUUUGAUGAUUAUUUAUUUUAGAUCUUAUUUGGGGGUGACUUGUGGAUGAAAGGGAGCAAGAUUCUCUUUCAGACUUCACAUCAGGGCCAGGGGCUGCCAAGUUUUAAGGUACGUUUCCGUGCUUCAUUUCUCUAGCCCAGUAUCUAGCAUCACAACAAACCUUUAUAAAAGUUCCUCUUUAGUUCUAGGUUGCUUUUGUUUUAAUUUGCUGUUUUUGUGUCGAAGGAUGCUGACUUUAGAAACUCCCACUACAGACACAGUGGUCACUCCCCUCACCCUAGAGAGGAGUUUUAAAAUGGUGCAUUAGUAUUUCUAAACCGCCUGUAAUGGAGCCAGUCCAUAUGAAACUAUUGUAAGAUGGGAUUUUAGCUGUCUUUUACAAGAUUGGUGGCAAAUUAGAUCAGAGCUCACUGUUUGUGCAAAUGCCCAAACUAUGUUUACAUCAGGUAAGAACAACUCAAGUCUUACAGAUGAGUCCUGCCUUGCAGUUUUAACCUCCAGUUUGAUUUAAAAAAUUUCUGGGGAUGCCUUUUGUUUAGUUUCAGAGGAAAGAUGCUUACUUGAGCGCAUAGUCAUGUAUACAAAAGUUGGACUUGAAUCAUAUUUAGAACCAGCAUCAAGAAGAAUAGAGGCAGAAAAGAAUUGCUUACUGGGAAUAAAAUAGAUACAAGACAUUGGGGAGAUAUCUGCAUGGUACAUUGGCAGCCUGUGUCUGGACUGUACCACUGCAUACAGCAAUUGGGGACUAUGUUGACUGAAUACUUUUGCCAUACAAAUAUAUUCCAUGUGCAUAGAAACUAGAAGCCACGGGAUAUGUUGAGGAUGUUCAAGCUUAAAGCCGUUCUCCUGUCAGUCAGGGAAUUGUUUGCAUUAAAUCACGUGUGCCACCCCCUUUUGCACUGAAGUGGUACAGUCCAGACACAGUUAUACUUCCUCGCAUACUUCUUGUGACAAUUAGGCCUUAUUGCUCAGAUGGGGAACCUGGGGCGCUCUGAUUAUCGUUGGACAUCAUUCCUGACCUUUGCCAGCUCUAGCUGGGGCCGAUGGAGUCCAACAACAUCUAGAGGUUUUCCAUCCCUGUUCUACUGCCUGAGGUUUCUUUUAAGUGCCUGCUAGAAAGCUUUUGCCCACACUUAAAAUAAAUAUUAGGCAGUUCAUUCGGGAUUCAACGAGGACACAGUCCAUCAACCCUGCUUGGUAUGAGGUUGUGUUCUUGGUAGAUUGUGUGGCUAGGUGGCUCUGAUUUUAAGAGAAGAGUGUGCCCUGUUUCUUCCCACUUCCUCAACUUACUUGUGAGAGGACAGUUUACCUAAUACUGGUCCUGUGCCACACCACAGAAGAGUCCCCAAGGGAACUUUGAUGGUUGUACGAGUCUCAUAGCAGUCUUUUCUCUCUUUCUUAGCUCACAACACUUGCAACUGUUGGCGCCAUUGAGCGCAACCCAGGAACAUGGAAAACUGAUGGUUAGAUGUACCCUUGUAUGAAUCAGCCACAAGCAUCCAAGGCUCUUCUUAAUUACUAGAGAAAUACAGCUGGCAGUAACUCUAAGCCUGUUGAUUUACUGAUAAAGAUUUACCUGUAGCUAUUGAUAUGUUCUUAAAGGAAAUCAGCAGGAAUAACAAGAGUUAGAUCCUUCCCCCCACUCUUCAUCUCUCUGCAGUAGAGGUUUCCUGGUUUCCCAUAAGAUCCUUAGAUAAAACGACCUUUCUUUCACAUUAUUUCUGUGCUUAGUAAAGCCAGUUUUGGCAAAGAAGACAACUUCUCUUUUCUGUGUGCCAUUUUUGUUUUCUGUUGGUGUUGGGCACAGAGGUAACAUGUAUGCCAAAGAACUACAUGCAGGGAAAGAUGGAAAGAAGCAAUAAGCAAUUGCUUGGAAUCAUAAGAGCCCUGCCUCCCACCAGAAAUUAUUUUGAGCCAUAAAUCCUUUUUGCACAUCUCCGGCAACCAAAUCACCCUUAACAUUUGCUCAAGCCAUACAGUAUUUAUUAUACUCUGGCUUUAUUCUAUACAUGAGAGAAUGGAAAGGUGGUUGUUCUUUGCAGAGGAAAGGUUAUUUUUCAUCACAAUCCAUGCGACCAUUUUUGAAGCCAACCCAACAGAACAUGUUUUGGGUUAAUAGCUGUUCCCUAGUGGGUUGAGGUGUGCUGGAUUGGUCUCGUAAAUCUCGACGCAACAAGUUAGAUUCCAUAUCUGUGUUAUGUUCAUUCAUGUUGCAUGUGUUGAUAUUUCAACAAUGUCACUUCAGCCCAUCAGGACCAAGUAGAAAAAUCAGUUUCUCUGCCAAAAAAAAAAAAGAAGUUAUGUGACAUGUGCCAACAUGCAAAACACAAAUUAAGGGUGCCCAUAAAGUGAAUGGAGUAAAAGUAACUCGAGAGCUGAAGAACAGGAAGCAUAUUAGAGUGGAGGGAUAUAAAACAAUAACAGAACCGCUAUGGAUAUUGGAUAUUAGUUGCCACUAGAAUCUCUCUUUCCAUGCUGUCAUUUAAGAGUCAUUGUGGGUUGGCUCUUAAGUUUCUCAUAACUAAUAAUCCGGUGCAUCUCAGUUUUGAGUCCUCUGUGCAGCAUAGAACUUGAAUAAAGAGAGUCUGCAUGGACAUUGGAUGAGAAGCGCUGUCAUAGUAAGGCAAAGUGGAUGCAUCAAUAGUUUAUAUUCAGUUUUUUGGUUAGUUUUACAACAAACACAGAUUGGGAGGCUGGGACUUUCAAAAUGCUCUAUGGCGUUGCUUAGGCAGGAGUUUUGGACAGAUGUCUGGUUUUCCCAGAAUGUGGAAGCAUUGCUUUUGGAGGGAAUGUAGAACCAACAGCUGCCAUCAUUAGCUUCUAUAAGCUCACACUGUUGCGAUGAAAUGCAUGGUAAUCAGGUUAAGGGGAGGAAAGCUCCUGAACCUUGCCUCAGGCAACCAGAAAACUGUUACAAAGCACGCUGUGAAGUUAGCUGGGUUACAAAAUGGCUUCAUUACAGCUCAAUCUUAAACACCAAGGAUAUAGACGCUUUGAUGCUGUCGAUGCAAAGAGGGCUUCCCCAUUCACUUAAAUGGAUUGAAAUUAGGGAGAAUACGCUUUGUAGGCCCAUAAGUUCAAUGUUAGCCUCUCACUAUGGUGUAUGCCAAGUGCCACUGGAUCCAGGAAGAAAGAAAACAUGUAAUCAAUCACAGGAAGCCCUUCUAGAAACAAACCGAUAUUCAGUUUCCUGGAUUAGUAUUAUCAAAAUUGUCUUGUGUAAACAAGCUCUUGUUAGAAGGAAAAAAAAGCUCUUUGGUUUAGCAGUAGAGUAAAAGAUGCAGUGACCGAAAUGUGUAGCGUAGCGACAAAAAUGAAGAAAAAAAUGGUGUGUGGAAGUUAGUAGCCAUUAGCUAGACUGAACUUUUUUAUUAGCCAGCUCUUGGGGUAGUGGAGUAAGAUCUAUUAUUGUGUGCAUUUCCUCAGUUAAGUAUUGGCAUGGAACACACUUUUUUAAAAAACAAAAAAGUGUGUUUUUAUGUAUAUUUUUAAAGUGGGACAAAUGAGUGAAGACCAGGUAUCUUCGACAUAUAUAUCCACUUGAGGAUGGAAGUGGGGGGUUUAAUUUGCAUUCUCCAUCCCAACUGUAGAGUGCCAGAUUUUUAAAAUGCCAAAAAGAAAUAUACACGUAUGCUCGUUGCCAUUUUUGAAUUUGUUCAACACAUGACUUCAUUUCUUGGGCAGUUACUUUCCAUUCUCCCACCCACCCCUUUGUAUAUGUUUAUAUCCGAGGCCUGGUUCACAGAAGACCCGGCAUGUAGGCCGCAAAUCUGGCAGGAUGCGGGUUCAGCCUAGGAUUCACUCAUGCUUUCCCUCCCUCUGCGUGCAGAACCUUGAAUGUGAUCUUGGGCCUGUGCGCAUUAUCUGUGCAUCCUUUUUUUUGGUUGCACACUUCAGUGGGGUUUGCAUAGAUGCCGGCAUGUCUAAACCCUAGCUGAUAAUUAAGCUCCUAUACCAAGAAUUGCCACGAGAUGCUUCAGGACUACAUUUCCCAUCAUCCCUGAUGACUGGCCAUGCUGGGCUGAAGGGAACGGGGAAUGCAGCAAAAUCUGUAGGGCAACAUACCAGCUAUCCCUGCUGUAUACAAGGGAGAGAAAGGAACAUGAGUCCCAAGCUCACCCCCUGUACCCUGCCACUUCCAUGGUCUACGUGCCAGUACCCUCUGUGAACUAGCCCAGAGUUUGCUUAUGGGGGAGAUAUUGCAGACGGGUUGCUAAACGAGCGGAAAUGGUGUGCACAGAAAUCUUAGCUUCCCUUAGGAGGCAUUUGCACGGCACAUUCUCCCCCUUUCCUGCUGUCAUUCAGUGAAGCUGGUUUCUUCCUUAACGGCUGGCAUGUUGUAACUUGCAAGGAACUAAUGAGCAUAUAAACCCCGAAAGCCUAGAUUUGGGACUGUAGGGAAAGGAGGGUAAUUGCCAAUCUUCACACAUAAUCAAAAAAGUGACAAUAUCAAGCCAUGGAGUGAUCAUGGUGGUUCUUUUAUCAAUUAAUGCACCUUUCCUUUCAAGUCAUUCUGCUACUGGAACGGAGCGUGUUGCAACAAACAAUAAAAUUAUUGUGUGUGCCUGCGUGCGUGCGCGCAUAGGUGUGAGCGUGCUGUAUUUUGCAAUAAACUAUGGGCAGAUAGUUGUGUAACCCAAUGCCAGCUUGUUUUGAAUGUCUUUACAUUGUACAUAUUAAGGCAUAGGUUACACAGUAUUCUGGUGGUUCAGGUCGACGUUCUUCUUCUGCCAUUCCCUUUUGCAGUGUAUGGUAGAGGGUUCUGAAUAUAGGGCUAUUGAAGUCCAUAUUUCUCAUCUCCCCAAACUCAUACACCAUUAAUUUCGGCUUUCUGUAAUUCUCACAAAUGAGAAGAAGGUGGGAUUUCUUUAUUUGCUCCCUCCUCCCAAUUGUUCUAUUUUUAUUUUUGUUUAAAGGCUUCCUGGUGUUAUAUUUCCUCCUGUAUUCAUUACUGAAUCCUCUUGUCAAAUAAUAAAAUUACAACAGUUCUGUAGGCCACUGUGAGAAUGACCAAAAUACUCAAAACCCACAGUGUUUAAUAAAUGGAGUUGCCUUGAAAUCACAAAUCAAAACUUCAAAAAUCCUCUGAUUGCACUUCGGCAUGACUUGAGUGUGAUUUGGUUUGUUUGUUUGGAUUCUACUGGGACGUUGCUAAAAACUGCCCAUGUUUUUUAGCUUCUCCUUUUAAAAAUAGUUGUCUUGGUAUUUAUUUGUUUAUUUAUUGAAAAGUUACUUAGCACAUUUUUCCUUACAAGGAAGUUCCAGUUGUAAUGACAGAGAAACUGAAGCAACUGAUCUGCUUGUAUAAAGUUAUACACUUAGGAAAUAGCCUCCACUUACUUUAAUGGAGGGCAGGAGGGGGUACGUGUAUUUAUUUCGGCCUUAAUUUUAGCCUAGGGCUUUAGUGAUGUGUAGGUUGACUAGGACCACUGGUAAUGAGAAUCAUCUCAAAGAAGAACGGUACACGCUGGUUUGAUGCACAAGAGGGUGUUUUUCUAUCUCCCUGCAAAUUUCUAAAUACUGAAAACAGUAGCCACAUUUGUGUGCUCUGCAUGGUGGUUACUUUCAGCAGGUCAGGUCAGGACAAAAUGGUGCAAUUUUCCACCUGUGUUUUCAAGACAAUCCAACCGUUUGAGGAACUCUUUGAACUAUAACUUACUGGUAUAUUUCACUGUCAGAAAUACAGCACUGUGUUUUAGCCUUGGAUUUUGCUUCUGGGUUUCUUUUCUCUCCCCCCCCCCCCCCUUUUAAAUAUGAAAAAUUAAAAUUCUUCCUGGAAUAUUUGGAUCCAAUCAAUAUUGUGAAUUUUGAUUUGAAAACACUUUCAUAAUAAACACUCAAGUAUUAGGCC